AUUACAGCGGAUGGAUGUUUGCUGUGAAUUAGGUGUGUCGAUAUUCCAUGAGCUUUUACUUUAUUAAAUUAACAAAACGGGAGCUGUUAUCUUUUCUUGCCAUAAUAAAAAACAAGUCCCAAGUCUCUCAGAUUCCCUCUAAUUAAACACAAGGACACUGAACAAGUUCACGGCUUUUCUCAGUUGACGUGCAUGUUGUAUUACCUGUAUUGCGCUUUUUGCAAUUAAUUUAAAUGUUAUUUUUCUUUUUCCAGUGCAGAAAGUUAAAGUAAUAACUACAGUGCCCCUGUACACUAGUAAUACACAUUAUAGAACAAAACAAAAGCGAGGCUAUUUGACUGCAGUCGGUAUGUAAUGUGGCACAAAAGCGACGCUGUUGACUGCAGUCGUUAUGCGCAUCUAAUGUAAUGGUACAAAAGCCAAGUAGCGUUUUUGUAGGAUGUUUUUUUUUUAAAUUUCUGUCUAAAAGCUUAACAAACUAAGCACGGUAAAGAAUAAGUAUUGAGAAUCCCGAGGUUAUGACCCAGAUUCUGAAGGAUAUGGGUAUCACAGAGUACGAGCCAAGGGUAAUUAAUCAGAUGCUGGAGUUUACCUACAUCCGAUAUGCAUUGGCCCCUAAGGUGAAUUUUGCGGUGGCCCUUCAAUUUCCUGAUUUCCGCGAAUUAGGAUAUGUAACAACAAUAAUAGAAGAUGCAAAGAUCUACUCCACCCAUGCCAAGAAAUCAAACGUCGAUGCCGACGAUGUGAGGCUAGCUAUUCAGUGCCGAAUGGACCAGUCGUUCACGUCCCCUCCUCCUAGAGAUUUUCUACUUGAGGUUGCAAGACAGAAGAAUCAGACUCCUUUGCCAUUGAUUAAGCCUUACACUGGACCCAGACUCCCACCAGAUAGAUACUGCUUAACAGCCCCGAACUACAGACUGAAGUCCCUGCAGAAGAAGGUGUCGUCAGGAGGAAGAAUCACUGUACCUAGACUGAGUGUUGGAGCGAUGAGCAGCCGACCCAGCACUCCCACUAUGGGUACGCCUGUAUCGCAGUCAGUCACGCUCACCACUAAGGUGGGAACACCUGUGUCAUUGUCAGGGCAGCGCUUCACAGUCCAGAUUCCUUCAUCACAGUCUUCAACAGUGAAAUCAGCUAUGCCCUCCACCCCUACAGUUCAAAACGUGCUCAUCAACCCCUCCUUGAUCGGCUCCAAAAACAUUCUCAUCACAACCAGCAUGGUGUCGUCACAAAGCUCAGCCAACGAGUCGAAUGCUUUGAAGCGGAAGCAUGAAGAUGAAGACGAUUACGACACUCUGUAACCAGGGACAGAGCCACGCCAUGGAAGGAGCUGCUGGGACAAUGUAAAUAAUGACGCUUCAGUGCAUCUUCCUUUAUUUUUUAUAAAAGCUGUUUACAUGAGAAAGUAUGUAAGCACCGAACCAUAUAGCAUGUUGAUGUAAAAGAUCCGCUGUGUCACCUAAGCUUUGUAUUUGUAGUGGAAUUCAUGUAGAGCUUUGCAUCUAGUGAUGUCCACAGGGAACCGCUUGUGUUGUGUUAAGAGUAGGCUGAGAAAACAAACUGAUUUCCAGACCAAUCUGCCUGUUCAGACAAACCCUCGGAUCGGACUCAGACCUCCUGGACAGGAGCUCUCGGAUCAGUUUAGAGAGAAUAGCUUCCACAAAACCAGAUGAAGUGAAGUCUGAAGAGACAGACCCGUUCUGUAAUGGUUUGCGUUUCUAAAAACACUGUCCAAGCGGGUGAACCUGUGUGGAUGUCGCUGCAUGCCUGAUUUACAUCCGAGUACCUUUUCAUAUUUCUGCAUGUUCCGCUUUCACAAAGACAUACGGGACUUAAUAAAUAAGAGAUUAGGAUAUAACAUUUGUAUUAAGGAUUGAUUUUUUUAAAUGAAUUUCAUACUUUGUUUUCAUUCAUUUUAUUGUUCUUGUCUUUGUCUGACUUUUAUUUAAUUUUGCAAACUUCUAUUUUCGGUCAGAAGAUCUACAAUUGAAAAUGGUCCCCAUAAGAGUGUCUCAUUUUAAAGCCCCUUUCACACUGGCGCUUCUACCCGGGUUCAGGCUACCUGGGUCACAGUCCCACAUAUUGUGAAACUACGUACCCGGGUCAUACCCGGGUUGACCUCAGGAUGUGGGUCGGCACACUUUGACCCGGGUUAAGUGAGACAAAAUGUAUGACGGCCGUUCAUAAACCUGUGAAGGUUUCUGUUUAGCCCUAUUGUCGUUGCUUGAGACGCACCAUGAGCCAGAUUGCUGCAGGGAUAAAGAAACAUUUGCUCUGAACAACAUUUGGGAAGGAAGUGGAUGGAAGUGUUCUGUAACAAGCUUCUUUCUGGGCAUUGCUAUGGGUGUUGUGUAUUUGCUUCUGUCACCCAGGUCAACCCUGCUUCUUCAAAAAGCACAGUGAAAUCAUGUAUCCGACCCGCAUGACACAAGGUCCGACCUGGGUAGAGCAUGCCUCUGUGAAAGGGGCUUAAGGUGUUUUUUUUA